AUGUCAGGCCUUGCGUCUCCUGGGCCUCUCAGGCAGCGCAAAGCUGGCUCCCACAGGUCAGCUGCGUACACCGAAGUACCGCAAGAUGAAGAACCAUACAUCGAGCCAUCCAACCAGCGCAAUCGCAGCGCCGCCGAAACGCUCCUAGAAACUGAGCAGGCUAGUAUAGCCAUGGUCGGCUUGUUGACCCUCCUAUCGUUCUUGCUCCGCUUCUAUAGAAUCAACCAUCCAGACCAAGUAGUCUUCGAUGAAGUCCACUUCGGCAAGUUUGCAUCGUACUACCUCAAGCGUCAAUACUACUUCGAUGUCCAUCCACCGCUUGCAAAGAUGCUCUUUGGCCUGGCUGGCUGGUUCGUCGGCUACGACGGUCACUUCCUGUUCGAGAACAUUGGCGAUAGUUACACGGAAAACCACGUACCUUAUGUCGGGAUGCGCGCUCUUCCGGCCUUCUUGUCAAGUGUCACUGUUCCAAUAGUCUACGCGAUCAUGAAGGAAUGUGGAUACUCGACAAUUGUGGCCACCUUCUCAGCUUGUCUCAUUCUUUUUGACAAUGCUCAUGUCGCGCAAGGACGAUUGAUACUGCUCGAUGCCAUCUUGAUCUUUUUCAUGUCGCUCACCCUCUACUCCUACGUCCGCUUCCGGAAACUCCGCUACCUGGAGUUCACGCCGGAAUGGUGGGGAUGGCUUCUCGCUACAGGAACGUUCAUGGCAUGCACGUGGGCAUCCAAGGUCAACGGUAUUCUGACUGUAGUCGCGAUUGGUAUUCCCGUAUUGGUUGAUCUUUGGGAUAUCCUCGAUUUUAAAAAGGGACACAGUAUGGAAUACUUCUGGAAACAUUUCAUGGCGCGGGCUGUCGGAUUGAUUGUACUUCCGAUCAUCAUCUACUUGACAGUCUUUUACAUCCACUUGUCGAUACUCACCGAGACUGGUCCGGGUGACACAUUCAUGAGUCCCGCUUUCCAGGAAACUCUCCGAGGUAACGAGCUGCUGAUGAAUAGCCAGGAGAUCCGCUACUACGAUACGGUGACAAUCAGGCACAAAGACACAAGAGUGUUCCUACAUUCUCAUCCGGAAACGUACCCGUUGAAGUACGAGGAUGGCCGCAUUAGCAGCCAAGGUCAGCAGGUAACCGGGUACGGCCAUGAGGACUCGAAUAACAACUGGCAGAUUAUCCCGACAAAGGCGCUUCCUGAAACCGGCCGUGGGCGAGUCGUGCGGCACGAGGAUGUGAUUCAGCUACUGCACAUGAACACCCAAUCGCUGCUGCUGACGCACGACGUCGCUUCGCCACUGAUGGCCACAAAUGAGGAGUUCACCACAUGGCCGAAGGACGAUCUUUCGCGGUACAACGAUACGCUGUUUAACUUGCGCAUCGUUGACGGGCAUGAUGGAAUGGCGUGGAAGAGCAAGUCGGGCCACUUCCGGCUGGUCCACGUCCCGACUAAAGUGGCAAUGUGGACGCAUACAAAGCAACUGCCGGAGUGGGCUUUCAACCAGCAGGAAAUCAACGGCAAUAAAAAUGUGAACGAGAAGUCUAACGUCUGGUUCGUUGACAACAUCGUCGACGAAGAGACCGGUGAGGACGUCAGGAACCGCACAAACAUCGCACCGAAGGAGCCGAAGAAGCGGAACUUCUUCAAGAAGUUUGCAGAGCUGCAACUCCUGAUGCUGCAACACAACGCAGGUCUUACUGCAUCCCAUCCCUACGCCAGCAACCCCAUCAACUGGCCGUUCCUCAUCAGCGGUAUCAGUUUCUGGACAAAUGGCGAUGAGCAGAAGCAGAUCUAUCUCAUCGGCAACAUUGUUGGUUGGUGGACCUGUGUGAUUGCAUUGUCCACAUACGUCGGCAUUCUAGGUGCCGACCUACUCGCCCGGCGUCGCGGCGUCUACCCCAUUCCGGAAUCGAUACGCAAUCGCCUGUACAACUCGACUGGGUUUUUCCUGAUCGUCUGGGCGGUGCACUAUUUUCCCUUCUACUUAAUGAGCCGGCAGCUGUUCAUCCAUCACUACCUUCCAUCGCACCUUGCGUCCGCGCUGGUCGCGGGGUCCGUGCUCAGCUUCAUCCUGUCGGAGACUAUCAACUAUCCUAUCUCAACGCCAGGUCCCUCUCUGACAAAACCGAAACCCAGGACCUAUGCAGAUCUGGGAGCGAAGGGCCCGAUUGUUGUCGGCGUAUUCGCGGUCCUCAUGUUUGCUAUGUUCUGCUACAUCGCACCGUUGACAUAUGGGACACCAGGACUAGAUGGAGACCAGGUGAACAGCAUGCGCCUGCUGUCUUCGUGGACGCUCCAUUUCGCUGCGAAAAUUACAGAUGGAGUUUAG